AUGGGAAAGAAGGCGAUUCACUUUGGCGGUGGCAACAUCGGCCGCGGCUUCGUUGCUGAGUUCCUGCAUACUGCGGGUUACGAAGUCGUCUUUGUUGAUGUCAUGGACAGCAUCAUCAACGCCCUGCAGACCACCAAGUCCUACCAAGUCACUGAGGUCAGCGAAGGCGGCGAGUCCACCAAGACCAUCACGAACUACCGCGCCAUCAACUCCAAGACCCACGAGGCCGACGUCAUCCAAGAGAUCUCCACCGCCGACGUCGUCACCUGCGCCGUCGGCCCCAACAUACUCAAGUUCAUCGCCCCCGUCAUCGCCAAGGGCAUCGACAUUCGCUCCACCCCCAAGCCGCUGGCCGUGAUCGCCUGCGAGAACGCCAUCGGCGCCACCGACACCCUGCGCGGCUUCAUCGAGUCGCACACGGACUCCGAGCGUCUCAAGACCAUGGGCGAGCGCGCCCAGUAUGCCAACUCGGCCAUCGACCGUAUUGUCCCGGCCCAGGACCCCAACAGCGGCCUGAACGUGCGCAUCGAGAAGUUCUACGAGUGGGUCGUCGAGAAGACCCCCUUCGGUAGUGUAGGCCACCCGGACAUCCCCGCCAUCCACUGGGUCGACCACCUGGAGCCGUACAUCGAGCGCAAGCUAUUCACCGUCAACACCAGCCAUGCCACGGCCGCCUACUACGGCCGCUACGCCGGCAAGAAGACCAUCGCCGAAGCCAUGCGCGACUCGUAUAUCCGCGGCGUCGUCCGCGACGUGCUAAAGGAGACGGCCUCGCUGAUCGUCGACAAGCACGAGAUCGAGGCGCAAGAGCAGCAGGAGUACGUCGAGACCAUCAUUGCCCGCAUCUCCAACCCGUACCUGGAAGACAGCGUCGAGCGCGUGGGCCGCGCACCGCUGCGCAAGCUCAGUCGCAAGGAGCGCUUCAUCGGGCCUGCCGCACAGCUCGCCGAGCGCGGCAUGAAGUACGAUUCCCUCCUCGGCUCGGUCGAGAUGGCCUUGCGCUUCCAGAACGUCGAUGAAGACGAGGAGAGCUUCGGUCUCGCCAAAAUUCUCAAGGAAAACUCGCCUGCCGACGCGACAGUCCAACUGACCGGCCUGGAGCGCUCGCACCCGCUGUUCUCGGCCGUGGUUAAGGUGGUCGAUCAGGUGCAAUCAGAGGCCAAGUAUGUAGCCCUCCUCCCGGCUCCCCUCGUUGGGGACGCUCGUUCCCACGCUCAACCACGCAUCUGCUAA